CGGGAAAAACAAUUGAUGGAGAAAGUGAACUGAUGGUGAAAUUGACGUGUCCUGACGGAAUGAAUAUCACUGACGACAGAGAAGUAGAAAAAUUGAGGAGAGACAAAGAAAAGGCAGCACAAAAGCAUAAUUUAAAAGAAGUAGCAUCAAUUUCUCAUUGUAUUGGAGAAAUCUUGGCAAGAAAUGGAAAGUAUGAGGCUGCAAUUUCAGAGCAUGAGACUGAGUUGGCUAUCCAUGAAUCACUGGAAGACCAGAUAGGAUGUGCAGUUGCCUGCAGGAAAAUUGGAGAAUGCUACUGUUUGCAGGAGAGAUAUGACAAGGCCUUGAAGCUACAGCAGCGUCAUCUUGAUCUGGCCGUGGCUUGUCAGAAUCAACUGGAGGAGCAGAGGGCAUGGGCUACCAUAGGCAGGACAUACUUGUUUCAGAUUGAAACAUCCAAAGGGAAAGAUGUGGUGGAAGCUUCGAUCAAGCGUGGCAAGGAAGCAUUUUUUAAGAGUCUCCAGGUGUUGGAAAAACUCCAGUACUCUGUUACAAACACAGAAUACAUGGAGAUGAAAGCCCGACUGUACCUAAAUCUAGGCCUUGUGUUUGAUAGCAGCAGAGACCUACAGCAAUGUGCAGAGUUCAUGAAAAAAGCCAUCAGUAUUGCACAAAAGCACAGUCUACAUAGUGAUUUGUACCGAUGUCAGGUCUCCCUAGCCAGCAUGUACCAAAGGGGGGAUAACCUGAGCCAAGCCCUGCGCUAUCUGGAGGCUGCUCACAAGUCUGCAUUAAAACUCAAGGACAAGUUAUUGGAGAAUGAAGUCUUUUCUCAAAAAGCUAUAGUAAGUUUGUUGGUGGGAGAUUACAGUAGCAGCAAACAUUCAUUAAAGAAGGCCUACAGACUACAGACCACCCUGGAGGACAAGAACAGACUGAUGAGGAUAUUCAGAGCAGUAUGUAAGAUUGAUGAGGCCGCUUCAUCACUGGCUGAUUUGGAGGAUGGGGAGGUCAUGAAGAAACUGAAAUUGUAUGAAGUAAUGGGGGAUUCAUCAGCUGAAAUUGGAAUCUUCCGCCAGGCAUUAGGUUAUUACAAUUCAAUGGUGAGUAACUAUCACUGUGUGUUUCGAGCCCUGCCAGGCAGUAGGUUAUUACAAUUCAAUGGUGAGUAACUAUCACUGUGUGUCGAGACCCGUCAGGUGUUAGGUUAUUACAAUUCAAUGGUGAGUAACUAUCAGUGUGUGUCGAGCCCUGCCAGGCAGUAGGUCAUUACAAUUCAAUGGUGAGUAACUAUCACUGUGUGUCGAGACCCGUCGGGCGUUCGGUUAUUAUAAUUCAAUGGUGAGUAACUAUCACUGUGUGUUUCGAGCCCUGCCAGGCAGUAGGUCAUUACAAUUCAAUGGUGAGUAACUAUCACUGUGUGUCGAGACCCGUCGG